AUGUCAACUGUUUGACAUCCACUCUUGUUUCGGCGCUCAUUUGUUCGCAGUUGUAGUUCGGGCAAAAAUUAUAGUGCUCCAGUUGUGAAAAUUAGUGAAAAUUUAAGUGCAGUGCAGUUAAAUACCUUAUCAAAGUAAUCAAGUGGCCUUGGUGUAUCGUAAAUGAGCGGGUUUACACUGUUUGAUGCGGUGGACACUUUGUUUCGAAGGAUCGGUGAAUCGAUACGCUCCAACCAGCCAGCCGGUGCUGAAUCAGCUGAUCUUGAUAAAACACACCUUCUGGAGCUGGAAUCUCUUUUCGGACAGGCGUUGCUUUCACGCGCUAUCGGUAUAGUGUACGGAAAACAACCCAUCACCGUGUACAAGAACGUUUCGGAUGGUCAGUUCCAUCUAAUUGAGGUGCCAGGAUCGAAGCACGGAACCGUGUACAAAGUAUUCCCGGCCAUCAAUUUUUGUGCCUGCGAAUCGUACCGAGACUGGGUGCUGAGACAGAAGCGUCAACCCAUCUGCAAACACGUGCUAGCGGCACGUUUGGCCUUAAUAUUGCGUCGGACCAAAGAAGAACCACUUGCUGCCAAUACUUGUCUCGCCUUAAAGCAACAGUUUGUGACAGAUUGUUUGAAGUAAACCAGAGUAACCUUGCUUCAGGAAGCUCGUCGAACCAACCGGUAAAGGGGCAAAAGCUGCGCUCCAUAGUUUGAUGCAAAGAACGAAGCGUUUGUUCAGCAAAGGGAUUAUUUUAAACCCCAAAAUGGUAACCCAAUCGCAGUUUAGCCAGAUACAGUUUCAGGCGGUGUUGAACAAUUUCUCCAUGCUGUACAACGUAAUGAAGGCGGUGAAUUUUGUCGAUAACGCAAUAGUGCAGCUCAGCAACGAUGGCAUGAAGGUGAUCGUGGAAGAUGCGAAAAGUAUCCAAGCGUCGGCAUACAUUACACGGGCCUGCUUUUCGGACUACAAGCUUGCGAUAGCUAACCCACCACCGUCAACGGGUGCCAACGACAGCCAACCAUUCAUUGCGUUCGGCUUAAAUCUGAAGGUGUUUACCGAUUGCCUGAGCAUGUUUACCAGCGGAGACUACGAUUCGAGCCUUAAAAUGAUCCAGAAGGGUACCGGCGCACCGUUGAUCGUGAUCCUGGAGCAGCAUGGCGAGGACAGCCUCAUUACGGAGUGUUCGGUACGCACGAUGGAACCGUUCGACUGCAUGGAGCUGGACUUUGAGGACGAACAGCAGAUAGUGAGCAAGAUCAAUGUGAAGGGGGCCGAGUUUUUUCAGCUGCUGAGCGAGAUGGAUCGUAAUUGUGAGGAGAUUGAGGUGGUUAUUGCACCCGAUGCUCCACAUCUGGUGUUUCGUUCGUACGGGGAACUGCAUUCGGAAACCAGUGUAGAAAUAAGCAACACGAGCGACAUGCUUAUCACUUUCAGCUGCACCGAAGCUAGCCGCAAUCGGUACAAAUUCCAUCAUUUUCGGCUAGCUAUGAGAACGUUGGCACUGGCUUCGAAAGUGGCCCUUCGUACCAACGGUGAGGGUUUGCUAGGUUUGCAGGUGAUGAUAGAGAACAGUGACAGUUCGCACAUUUUUGUGGAGUACUUCAUCUUGCCACUAAUGUCGGACGGUGAUCAAACAACGAUCUAAAAUGCUCUCUACAGUGCGACGGUUCAUUUUUCAGCGAGCUAACACCUUUACAUACUUAAAUUGUGAAACAGCAAACUCUAAUACGGUCGAGAGGAUCGAUCACCAUAGAGAUUUGUGAACGUAUUUGGUAAUUUAAAAUUUUGAACAAAAUAACAGUCAUAUUAAAAACA